GCUGCGUCCAGCCCUGCUCACUCCGCCCCUCUGCAGAGAUAAACGGCUGCUCCAUUCAAACAAACUCCGCGCCCCGGGAUGCGACAGUCGCCGUAGACGGAGAAAACCGUGGCUUCAACAGCGACAACACACCCUUUAGUCUUUAAAAAAAAAAAUCACGCACACGCAGAGACACGCAGCGGGGCUCGCAGGAACUCUCACUGAGCGCAAUCUGCUAGCGGGAGGCUAACAGCACCGACAUGGCGAGCGCCUCAUACCACAUCUCCAACCUGCUGGAGAAAAUGACCUCCAGCGACAAAGAUUUCAGGUUUAUGGCCACAAACGACCUGAUGACAGAGCUUCAGAAAGAUUCGAUCAAACUGGACGACGACAGUGAGAGAAAGGUGGUGAGAAUGAUCCUCAAACUGUUAGAAGACAAAAACGGAGAAGUUCAGAACUUGGCCGUUAAAUGUCUGGGCCCUCUGGUCAGCAAAGUGAAGGAGUAUCAGGUGGAGACGAUCGUGGAUACUCUGUGCACAAACAUGCUGUCAGACAAAGAACAGCUGCGAGACAUUUCUUCCAUCGGGCUCAAAACUGUGAUUGGAGAGUUACCUCCUGCCUCCAGCGGCUCUGCUUUGGCUGCCAGUGUUUGCAAGAAGAUAACGGGUCGACUGACGAGCGCCAUCGCCAAACAGGAAGACGUGUCAGUGCAACUGGAGGCGCUCGACAUCAUGGCUGACAUGCUCUGCAGACAGGGUGGCCUGUUGGUGAAUUUCCAUCCCUCUAUCCUCAGCUGUUUGCUCCCUCAGCUCACCUCCCCUAGACUGGCUGUCAGAAAGAGGACAAUCAUGGCUCUGGGCCACCUGGUGAUGUCCUGUGGGAACCUAGUCUUCAUCGAUCUGAUCGAGCACCUCCUUACAGAGCUGGGGAGGAACGACAACAUGUCGACCACCAGGACAUACAUCCAGUGCACGGCAGCCAUUAGCAGGCAGGCGGGACACAGGAUCGGAGAGUAUCUGGAGAAGAUCAUCCCUCUGGUGGUGAAGUUCUGCAACGUGGACGAUGAUGAGCUCAGAGAGUACUGCAUCCAGGCCUUUGAGUCCUUCGUCAGGAGGUGUCCUAAAGAAGUUUAUCCCCACGUUCCAACGAUCAUCUCCAUCUGCCUUCGCUACUUGACCUACGACCCCAACUACAACUUUGAUGAUGAAGAUGAGGAUGAUAACGCCAUGGACGCUGAGCAGAACGAUGAAGACUACCAGGGUAGCGAUGAUGAAUACAGCGACGAUGAUGACAUGAGCUGGAAGGUCCGGAGGGCGGCGGCCAAAUGUCUGGACGCCGUGGUCUCAACUCGUCACGAGAUGCUGCCGGAGUUCUAUCGCUCCGUUUCACCUGCGCUCGUCUGCCGCUUCAAGGAGAGGGAGGAGAACGUGAAGGCGGAUGUUUUUCACGCGUACCUGUCGCUGCUGAAACAGACCCGACCGGCUCAGAGCUGGUUGGCUGAUCCCGACGCCAUGGAGCAGGGGGAGACGCCGCUAACGAUGCUGCAGAGUCAGGUACCUAUGAUCGUCAAAGCUCUUCACAAACAGCUGAAGGAGAAAAGUGUCAAAACUCGUCAGUGUUGUUUCAACAUGUUGACCGAACUAGUCAACGUCCUCCCAGGAGCCCUGACACAACACAUCCCAGUACUGAUACCAGGUAUCAUCUUCUCUCUGAACGAUAAGUCAAGCAGCUCCAACCUGAAGAUCGACGCUCUGUCUUGCCUCCACGUCAUCAUGGUCACGCACCCUGCUCACGCCUUCCACGCCCAUGUCCCCGCCCUCGUACUGCCCGUGGUGGCCUGUGUGGGAGACCCCUUUUAUAAGAUCACCUCUGAGGCUUUGCUCGUCACCCAGCAGCUUGUCAAGGUGAUCAGACCCUUGGAUAACCAAUCAGAGGGCUCAGACAGCUUUGACCCCUCCCCCUACAUCAAUGACCUUUUCACCUGCACGAUUAAACGCCUGAAAGCCGCUGACAUUGAUCAGGAGGUCAAAGAGCAAGCCAUUUCCUGCAUGGGACAGAUCAUUUGUAACCUAGGCGACCGUCUGCCCAAUGAACUUCCAGGAACUCUACUGAUCUUUUUAGAGCGUCUAAAGAAUGAGAUCACACGGCUGACCACGGUCAAAGCAUUGACGCUGAUCGCUGGGUCUCCUCUGAAGAUCGAUCUGAGGCCCGUUCUUCCUGAUGCUGUUCCAAUCCUCGCCUCCUUCCUCAGGAAGAACCAGCGAGCCCUGAAGCUCUGCACGCUGGCUGCUCUGGACAUCCUGCUCAGAAACUACAGGUCCGCUGUUACCCCCGUCAUGGUGGACGCUGUUCUGGCCGAGCUGCCGCCUCUCAUCUCGGAGAGCGACAUGCACGUGUCUCAGAUGGCGCUGAGCUUCCUGUCCACGCUGGCAGUGACACACCCGCCCUCGCUGAGUCAGCUGGCCGGGGGGAACAUCCUGCUGCAGCUCAUCGCGCUGGUCAGAUCGCCGCUCCUGCAGGGAGGAGCGCUUGCCGCCAUGCUCGACUUUUACCAGGCUCUGGUAGCCACCAACAGUCCAGGUUUGGGUUACAUGGACCUGCUGAGGAUGCUGACGGGCCCGGUGUACUCUCAGAGUGCUGUUCUGCCUCACAAACAGGCAUACUGCUCCAUCGCUAAAUGUGUGGCCGCUCUGACCAGAGCCUGUCCAACCGAGGGGCCCGCUGUGGUGGGACAGUUCAUCCAGGAUGUGAAGAACAGUCGCUCCACAGACUCCAUCAGACUGCUUGCUCUGCUCUCAUUGGGCGAGGUGGGACACCAUGUGGACCUCAGCAGCCAACCAGAGCUCAAGACAGUAAUUCUGGAUGCCUUCUCCUCCUCUAGUGAAGAGGUGAAAUCUGCAGCGUCGUACGCUCUCGGCAGCAUCGCAGUGGGGAAUCUUCCGGAGUAUCUGCCUUUCGUCCUGCAGGAGAUCUCCUCCUCCAAGAGGCAGUACCUGCUGCUGCACUCCCUCAAGGAGAUCAUCAGCUCGGCGUCUGUGUCCGGCUUGAAGCCCUACGUGGAGUCGGUUUGGUCUCUGCUGCUCAAACACUGCGAGUGUCAGGAGGAGGGAACCAGGAACGUGGUGGCUGAGUGUUUGGGCAAACUGACGCUGAUCGACCCUGAAACACUGCUGCCCCGCCUCAAGGGAUACCUGCUUUCAGGUUCAUCAUAUGCCAGGAGCUCCGUGGUAACGGCAGUGAAGUUCACCAUCUCUGACCAGCCACAGCCCAUCGAUCCACUGCUAAAGAACUGCAUAGGUGAUUUCCUGAAGACGUUGGAAGACCCGGACCUGAACGUGCGCCGUGUUGCCUUGGUAACAUUUAACUCUGCAGCCCACAAUAAACCCAGUUUGAUCAGAGAGCUGCUGGACUCAGUUUUACCGCAUCUUUACAACGAGACCAAAGUGAGAAAGGAGCUGAUCCGAGAGGUGGAGAUGGGUCCAUUCAAACAUACGGUGGACGAUGGGCUGGACUUGAGGAAGGCUGCGUUUGAGUGCAUGUAUACUCUGCUGGAUAGCUGCUUAGACCGACUUGACAUCUUCACCUUCCUGAAUCACGUGGAGGACGGUCUGAAGGACCACUAUGAUAUUAAGAUGCUGACCUUCCUGAUGCUGGCUAGACUGUCGUCACUUUGUCCCAGUGCUGUGCUGCAGAGACUGGACAGAUUGGUGGAGCCGCUGAGAGCUACCUGCACCACUAAGGUAAAGGCGAACUCGGUGAAACAGGAGUUUGAGAAACAGGAUGAGCUGAAGCGGUCGGCGAUGCGAGCGGUCGUUGCACUGCUGACGAUUCCAGAGGCCGAGAAGUCGCCGCUGAUGUCAGAGUUCCAGUCCCAGAUCUCUUCCAAUCAGGAGCUAGCAGCCAUCUUCGACUCCAUCCAGAGAGACUCCAGCUCCGCCAACAUGGAUUCCAUGGACACCAGUUAAACACGUGGACAGAACAAAUUACCAUGAUGCACCAUCCCGCUGCUGGAGCGCUAACCUUGCAGCAUGUUUCCAUAACAACAUGACACACACAAACACACACACACAGAGUUGUAGUGAUACACCCUCUCCUAGCGAUCGAUUGUCUCCAUGAUGCAUUGCACUGAUUUUUGCGUUUGGAAAGAAAGGACAAAGACCGACCGGCUCAUAAGGACAAAAACAAAGAUUGAAAAUUAGAGAUGUAGAAAAAAUUUGGAAGCAACUUACUUGAGUUGAAAUGAUUGGCUGAUCUCCCUGUGCAUCAUCUUUCUUUUCUUUUAUUUCUUUUCUACACGAUUCCAGAAAGUUCCACAGGUACUGUUGCCUGAUUGGCCGCUGCUGAGUGACUGACAGCGUAUUAUCUGAAUGGACCAAUAGGAGGAAAAUAUUAAAAAACAGCCUUUCCUGCCCCAGGCUGUGGUGACCAAUGGGACAAAGGCCCGCUCUGUCUUUCCAAAUAAUAUAGACAACCAAUAGGAGGGUUUGGGGAGAGAACUGAUGGGCGGGGCUUUACUGUUUGUGGACCAAUCAGCUUCCCCGUUGUUCUUCUGGUUAAGUAGAUGUGGCCUUGACCUCUUCAAUAUGAGGAGGGAAGGGAGGAGAGGAAAAAAGAGGAGAGAUUUUUGGACCUGGUUCCUUCUGACCAGACCUGACUGGACUGGGCUGACUGUUGCCGUGGUUACAUAGUGCAAAACAAAGUAUAAGUUUUUUUUUGGGGGGGGGGGGGAAUUCAGCUGCCUUAAGCCAGUUCCAGCUGGUUUAAUCUGGUCGGAGGAGCUUGGAUUUUGGUUCUACGGUGUUUCUGUUAUCUUAGUUUAAUGUGGGGAAACCUGGGCUUGACCAGUUUACUCCAGUAUGGUCUGGUCAGGACAAUCCACUGUUGUUUAUCACCCCAGAAAAAUAAAAAAAAGGGUCCAUUCUGCCUGCCUGCA